ACUUCCACCUGUUCUUCCCUCAAACCCCGGAGGCUAAUACAGAGGGAGGAAAAGGGUCGCAGAAGGGAAAAAUGGGGUCCUCUUCUGUCUUAGCUUCUCAUCCUUUGACGACUUCCUGCUUCCUCCCCUGUUCAAAAGUGUCAUCCUUACCUUUAACCUCUCCUUGUUUUGCUUCUAUCUCUUCCUUUCCUGCUGCCUCUUCCUCAAAUGUUUUGCUACUCUCUGGACGCCCGCUGCUUUUUACAAUAAAUCCCAUUGCAACACGACGGCCCAGGUUGCCUUGUUUCUCUGUAUUCGCUUCUUCGGACAAGCAAAAGAAGAAGGUUCUGAUUGUCAACACAAACAGUGGAGGGCAUGCCGUGAUCGGGUUUUAUCUGUCGAAGGACCUCCUCAGCUCCGGUCAUAGCGUCACCAUAUUGACAGUUGGCGGUGAACAGUCGGACAAGAUGAAGAAGCCUCCCUUUAACCGAUUCUCUGAGCUUGUUGAUCUAGGCGCUCAGACAAUAUGGGGUGAUCCAUCAAAUCUGGGUAAAUUGGUAGAUGGGGCAGCCUUUGAUGUUGUUUUGGAUAACAAUGGCAAGGAUUUAGAUUCUGUCAAGCCUGUGGCUGAUUGGGCAAAAGGUGCUGGUGUGAAACAGUUUCUCUUUAUCAGCAGCGCUGGUAUUUACAAGACAAGUGAUGAAGUUCCACAUGUUGAAGGGGAUCUUGUCAAAAGUGAUGCCGGUCAUGUUGCUGUAGAAAAGUACAUCGAGGAACUCUCCUUCAGCAGCUGGGCUGUAUUUAGACCUCAAUACAUGAUAGGAUCUGGAAAUAACAAAGAUUGUGAAGAAUGGUUUUUUGAUAGAAUUGUUCGUGACAGACCCGUUCCAAUACCUAGCCCAGGGAUCCAGCUCACAAACAUUUCACAUGUUAGAGACUUAUCUAGCAUGCUAACUUUGGCUGUUGAAGACCCGGACGCUGCCAAUGGCAAUAUCUUCAAUUGUGUAUGCGAUCGUGCUGUAACCUUUGAUGGUUUGGCAAAACUAUGUGCACAAGCUGCAGGUCGCAACAUUAAGAUAAUUCACUAUGAUCCAAAAGCUGUGGGUGUUGAUUCUAAGAAAGCAUUUCCUUUUCGAAAUAUGCACUUCUAUGCAGAGCCCAGGGCAGCGAAAGAGAUACUAGACUGGGAGUCCAGUACUAAUCUUUCUGAAGACUUGAAAGAAAGAUUUGAAGAAUACGUAAGCAUUGGGAGGGACAAGAAAGAUAUGCAAUUUGAAAUUGAUGACAAAAUAUUGGAGUCCCUAAAAGAAGCUGUUGCAGUUUGAUCCAUGCGAUCUUUUGGAUCACCUCUUAAUUUCUGGUGGUUCAUGAUGUUGUGCACUCGUCGCCUUCUUGUCCCAAUAAUUCCCUGAACCGAUUGAUUUUCACUUUCAGAUCCAUCGAGAUUGUGAUGACCUUAUCUCCUAAAUACAUGGAAAAAUGAAAAAUAAAAGAUUAUUCAUUUCA